GUGAAUUUCAGUUCUAUCUGGAAAACUGGGGAAUAUACAGGAGGAAGAGUUUGUUUUACAGAGAUUGAGAACUAGACUAUAGCUUGAACCAGUGUCUCAAUAUUUCCAAGUAAUGGACAACCCAGAAUUACUCAAACAAGACCCAAAAUUGAUGGAUGGAUGUGAAUCUGAAGGACGAGAAGAAACCUCACUUUCGAGAUCAACUCAACGAAACGACAUAGCUGAAUCAGAAUUAGCAAGUGAAGAAGAAUCUUUCAUGAACUCUAAGACACUGUCGACCAGCAAUGAUUUAAAAUCUAAUAUUACUGUGUCAGAGCAUAACCGGUUUACUUUACCAACAUCUCACUAUGAGAUAUCUGCUGAUACACAUAGAGAAACUGAAAUACGUAAUAAUACACCUAGAACCACUGGUUGUGAAGGGAUUACAACUGAGUGCCAGUUAAUGAGUGAAACAGAACCAGCGACUGCUCAUAUUGAUCAGACGCUACCAUCAAUCAUAACUGAUGACGAUUACAUCUUUUACAACAAUCCAUCAAUAAUUCUUGCUGAUACCAGUAAAAUAGGAAAAUGGUUACUGUUCUGCGAUAUCGGGGAGAGAUGUUCGGAAAAUAAUAUGACAGACUUAGACCGAGCAUGGCUGAAAACAAUUGACCUCAUUAAAAGUACCAAUCUUCGAAUCAUUCGAGCAAAAUGCUCUACAGCAGCUAAGGUUCUUGACUGUUCGGUGCGUUCAACGCCACAUGGUGUUAUUAUGUUUUACACCCCUAAUUUCACUAAUAAAGCAGAAGUGAGAAGCAUAGCUGAUGAAAUUUAUCUGAAAAUAGGUAAAACAGAAGAUAGUGCGUCAACUCUGUUCGAAAUGUUUUAUAAAACUGAUGAAGCAAGUAGACAAGGCGAGUACGUUCAUCAUCAGAAGAGAAAUAUUUCUACUUACUCAUAUAGGAAUGGAGCAUUUUUCGAACGAGAUAUGAAUUCUUAUGAAUGGAAACUUGUUCGAGGCUCUUCAGGUUCGAACUCAGAUGGCCACUACAAACAAGGAAGCCCAUUUAAAAGACAGUUUGCAAGGAGAUAGCCGGGAAGUUCGACAUAAAAUUUCGACAUAGAUGAUUUCUUGUCAACAAAAGUAGAUUUACCCUGUUGCCAAGCAAAUAUUCUGCUUGACGACAUGUGAUUUUAGAGUCUCUUCAAAUUAAACGUUCUCUAGAAAGAAUCAGAAGGUUUCGCAAAAAUGAUCUCUAAAAAAUUAUGAUAAAAUGAAACAAUAUACAAUGUCAUUUAUUUCCUGUUAAUAAGUGAUGAGUUUAUUCAUAAAAUGCUGCAAAUAAAUCUAAAUUAUAAAAAUGUA